GGCGUGGAAACAGUGGGCAGAAUUCAAUGUUAGUGGGCGAAAAGAAGUUGACGACCACCCUCGCAACUCAGAAAUGCAGCACAAAAUUCAUGAUCGUACCCGAGAUUCCGACCCUAUCCAUCUCCAUCGCAACGCCUCUAGGCCCCUGAUCGAAAGAUCGAACAUUCUCUCGCCUGUCCUCCACGCUUCGCACCAUUUAUACAGUGAUAUGUCAUUGCAGUGUUCAGGCUGUUGUUGGGUUGGGUCAAAGUCUGGCCGCGAGCAAUGCGUGGUCGCGGAGCAUGAGAAGAGUGUGGAGUCGCCGUGUUGUACUUUAGAACUCGCCGUCUAGGUUCAGAUAAGCGUUUGUUGUGAUGUUUGAAGGUUGGUAGUGUAGGUUUUGUGGACUGUUCUUGUUGUUGUUGUAACCGCUCUCGUCCUUCGGGUGCUCAUCCUAGUGGAGGCUGACUAUGGCCAGUGUAAGCUCCAAAAGUUUCGAAUCGCUCACGGCUGAUAAUCUCGACCCCAGGUUGACGAAACCUCCGAGCGGCCAGAGGGUGGUUACUGACGGAUUUGAUGUUCUCAACUUCAUAGACUUUAAGUGGGACGUAGUUUCUACUGCCGAGCUUGGUGGCCAUUUCCUCGUUUUACCCAAGACAUGCCAACCAUUUGGAGUCCUCCAUGGCGGCAUCACGGCCUUCCUGGCAGAAAAUCUGGCAAGUAUGGGAGCGCAAGUGAAUUCUAAUUGGGCCAGAGUUGCAGGGCUCGACCUGAACGUGAACCAUUUGUUGUCGGCGUCAAUCGGCGAGACGGUCUACGUCAGAGCCACGCCUCUGCGGGUCGGUAAGAGGGUUCAGGUCUGGGAUGUGAAGUUCAGCAAACCUGUGCAGUCCGGAAGCCUUGCUACCACCACAGAGAUGGCCACCACAGCGGUUGCGCGCCUGACUGUGUUAGUCGGUUUGCCGGGCGUUGAGAAGGCCAAAGACGGAAACGAGAAGCUCUUGGCCAUCGCCAAAUCCAUGAACAUGGUGCUGCCUCCGGAUGAAAUCACGCAAUUAGCUUCCAAACUAUAGGCAGCUUCUUCAAACCUGUGCAGAUUUGUUUUUAUAAUUUUACAGUUUCUUCGUUCCACUUUGUAAUUAGGGCUUGCAACUGCAAGCACGCAUGGUACACACAUGGAGGCUCGCACAACUUGUCACAGCAGCCCAGACAUGCUGAGGCUUGGAGCCAAAACACAGAGGGCUUAAGGUAUUAUUUAGAGUUUUACAGUGCGUUUAGCAAUCACUAAAUACUCUUGGUGGUCUACGUGCAUUGUAGAGAAUUGGAAUGGGAUCCGUCCCUUUUUGAAUUUGCAGAGCGUCUAGACAAAGUUCGAUUUUUGGAAGAAUUUAUUCUCAACUAAGCAUUAUCCAUGAGACUCACCACAGCAAGGCGCUACAACAUUGAGAUGGGCGUAUUCCACUGUUGGCUGUGAUGUUAUUGAGUGACAGUACGAUUUUUGCGCUCGUGCUGGGACCGCCUGCGCGAAGACAACAGUAAUCGUGAGACUGUGCCUCAAGCGGAAAGAAAAACACAACAUCCACGAUGAGGCACAAGACUGUCGAUAAACGUGUUACAUUCAUUUGACACGCAAUCCAAACCUAUUUUAUAA